AUGCGCAGCAGUCGAGCCAAAUACUAUGGAACUUUAGAAGGGAUUGAAAGGAGGCCAAGGAUAAAGUCGAGUGCUGAUGGGCUGCCUCGAAAGAGAAGCCCAAAGAAGGACGGGAUAAGUGUUCUUAAAAAACAUGAGACUAAGAGCCCAGCUGAACAAAAGAGAUCAAAGAGAAGCAAAGCACCUCUGUACAAAGAUCCAUUUGCAAGUUCCAAGCUGGAGAUGUUGAAAAACAUCAGGGCUCAGCGGGCUGCUUCUGUGGACAAACAAAGUGUAGCCAUCACUAGGGCAAGGCUGUUGAUUGCUGAAGCUGAGAAAGCUGUCCAAGCACUUGAAACAGCUGCCAAGACAAACCCUUAUGCUGAGGCAUCAGUAAUCGAAAGCAGGAUGCUAAUAUCCGAAGCUCAGCAGAUAAUAAAGUCCAUCGAAGCCCAAGAAACCGUCCUGUUUGAAAACGGCAAUAAUCUUUCUGAAAAUUCAACCGCCCGAGUACCUACUCUAAAACACGUGGCAGACCCAAAUGUUCAAGAACCUUUAUUAUUCAAACAUGUAAAAGUGAACGGAGUCGAGAGCAAUUUCGAAAAGUUGAGUCCAAAUGAUUCAGUCGAAACUGGUGAAAAUCUCUUCCACUUGACGAGUUCUAAUGGCCACAUAUCACUACCGUCCAAGGAUCUUGACGCUGUCGAAGAAAACCUUAAUGGAAGUUCCAGACUGGACUGUACAUCAGAGAAUCUUGAAGGGCGGAAUAGACAAAUCAAAUUGGCCGAGGAAUGUAAAUCAGAGAAACUUGAAGGACCGGAAAAACAAAUCAAAUCGACGAAGAAGAAAUGGGUUCGCGGGCGGCUGGUUGAAGUUGAAGAAUGCUAG